CGACAUGGCUGCGCCACACUACUGGAUGCCCGCCCUCUCGGUAGCUCGGGGACGAAGGCGAUACGGCCACUUUUUGCGGGGCGGGGGUGACCAGACUACUGCCCGAGCUCUCCUCUUUCUUUUAGUAUCCCGGCACAAACGGCGCGCGCGCACGGGACUCAGGCGCAGCGCGCUUAGUGCCAUGGUGGUCUACGUACUGUGGUUAGUAGCUGCUCUGGCACCUAAAAUAAUCGGAGUAAGCUCGCAAGAUGAUAGAUAUGCGGAUUGGAAUAACAUAUAUUCCAGGGAUUUGCCGCCGACUAACUGGCCUCGUGAAGUGGCGCCAGAUACGGAGCGACCAUACGCUGUAAAUCAAUAUGGGUUGUAUAAUAGAAACGAUAUACCACCCCAAUCAAGACCGGAACCAGAAUUAGGGCAAAACUUCGCUGUGUAUGAUCCGGACACACGUCAAAGGACAUCCACAGCUAUUAAUCGUAAUUGUACAGCUCCAGGAUGCUGUGUUCCUAAAUGUUUCGCUGAGAAGGGUAACAGAGGAUUUCCCGGCUCACCUGGACCACAAGGCCCACGUGGUCUUCCUGGCCAUGAAGGUGCUGAAGGUGCGCAAGGACCUAAGGGGCAAAAAGGUCAAAUAGGUCCACAGGGUCCACGUGGUCCUAAAGGUGACAAAGGCAAAACUGGAGCAAAAGGAUUUGCUGGUAGAAUGGGUAUUCAAGGAUCCCCUGGUGACCAAGGUAGACCGGGUAUACCAGGAAGAGAUGGUUGUAAUGGAACUGAUGGUGAACCUGGAAUAGCUGGACCAAAAGGUUCUCAAGGACCGCGUGGUUACGCUGGAUCCAAAGGAGAUAAGGGAGAUAAAGGUGAACCAGCUCACAUUGGACGAUAUCCGAAAGGACAAAAAGGAGAACCUGGUGCAGAUGGCAUGCAAGGACAACCAGGUCUGGUUGGACCUCAAGGACCAGUUGGUUUGAAAGGACCAAAAGGCAGAGUUGGUCCUGCUGGCUUAACAGGACCUAAAGGAGAUAAAGGUGCUAGAGGUGCAAAGGGCCACUCGAUUCAAGGUGACAAAGGAGACAGAGGCGACAAAGGUGACCGAGGUCAAAGUUGUUCGCCAACUUCUUCCGUUGAUUUCAAUAAUAAGGGAAUUCACAAAAAUAUACAAGGAGAUAUGGGUGAAAAGGGUGACAAAGGAGAACCAGGUCGUAUGGGACAAAAGGGUGAUAUUGGACCAAUGGGGGAGCCUGGACUGUCAGGCCAGAUGGGGAUCAAAGGAGAAAAAGGCUUACGAGGAAAUCCGGGUGAAAGGGGACGUGAAGGAAUGUAUGGCGCACCGGGGCCAAUGGGUAAUAAAGGAGAAAGAGGAAACGAUGGAUUAUCUGGUUUAGCAGGAAUACCUGGCCGAAAGGGUGAACCAGGUAGAGAUGGAAUUCCUGGACCUAGAGGCUUAAAAGGUGUUCCUGGUCCACCAGGGGGUCUUUCAGGUUCUCGGGGACCUCCUGGUCCCCCUGGUCCCAGAGGUUAUGAGGGCCCACAAGGACCUAAAGGCACUGAUGGAAGGCCGGGAGACAGAGGUCAAACAGGACCAAUGGGCUCCCCAGGAAGUCAAGGUGAACCCGGAACACCAGGAAUUGAGGGUCCUGCGGGACAUAAAGGUGAAAAGGGAGAAGCUGGUUUUGAUGGUCAAAAAGGAGAGUCUGGGCCUCGUGGAUACGAUGGAAAUGUCGGACCCGUAGGACCUAGAGGAGAAAAAGGAGAAGAUGGUCUAUCCAUAAUUGGUCCAAAAGGAAAUAGUGGCUUACCUGGUUUUUCCGGAGAUAAGGGUCAAAAAGGAGAAAGAGGUUAUACCGGUCUUAGAGGCGUACCAGGAAAUUCCACCUUUGGUACACCUGGUAUUCCAGGAGAAAUAGGUCUUCCCGGAGAAAAGGGAGAUAAAGGAAUGCCUGGUUACGACGGUUUGCCUGGAAAUACUGGACCCAAGGGUAACAUAGGAGGUCGCUGCAAUGAGUGCUCCCCCGGAUCUUCCGGUCCAAAGGGAGACCGUGGCAACGAUGGAGCAGUUGGUCCACGAGGCGAGAGGGGGCCAAUAGGUCCAAUUGGUUUUACUGGCGAACGAGGUGCUGAUGGCAUGCAUGGCUUGCCUGGUGCACCUGGAGCACCUGGCGAACGGGGAGAAGAUGGACCAACUGGUCCACCUGGAGAUAGAGGAGCUGAUGCCAACGUUCCGGUAAAUUUAAUUAAGGGUCCGAAGGGUGAUAAAGGAAGUACAGGGCCCCGAGGUCCUCAGGGUCCUAAGGGUGAAAUUGGUAGUGAUGGUCCUAAAGGAGACCGAGGACAAGUUGGUAUGCCAGGCCCAAAAGGAGACCGAGGCUAUGAAGGACAGCCUGGUGUUGAUGGUAUACCUGGUGCAGAUGGAAUUCCUGGUAUACCUGGAAUAAAAGGAAUAUCUAUAAAAGGAGACAAGGGCUUACCAGGUGAUAGAGGGUUCAAAGGUGACAAAGGUAGUCCGGGUGAUAGAGGUAUAAAAGGCCAAGCAGGCCAAUGUCCUGCUGAUGUAAAAGAACUUACAAGAGGCGACAGAGGCGACAGGGGUGAUACUGGCCCUCCAGGGCCUGCAGGUGAACCAGGAGAAAAGGGAGAUAAAGGUUACAUUGGAUUGCAAGGUCAAAAAGGGGAUAUUGGUCCACCUGGUAGGCAGGGUCCUGUGGGAGCACGUGGGUUCCCAGGAAUUCGAGGUGAAAAAGGAGAACUCGGUUCAAAAGGUUUUCCAGGAACUCCUGGUGAGAAUGGGCCGCGAGGCUACCCCGGAAAACCAGGUUUUAAAGGAGAUAAAGGAGAAGUCGGACCUUCCAUCGUUGGUCCACCAGGCUUACCUGGUAUACCAGGUCAAAAAGGUGACUCUGGUCUUCGAGGAUUGCCAGGUAUACCCGGUGAUGAUGGUCCGCCAGGUCCUCAAGGCUUACAUGGAGAAAAGGGAGAUCAAGGAUUGGUGGGUAGACCUGGAUUACCUGGUCAACCAGGUCAAAAAGGUGAUGCAGGACCCGUGGGGCCCGCUGGGGUCCCAGGUAUUCCUGGAUUACCCGGUAAGGUUGGAGCAAAAGGACAACAAGGUUUCCCUGGAGAACCUGGUAGGCCAGGUGUUAUUGGUUUGCCUGGUCAGAAAGGUGAUAUGGGAAUCCAAGGGCCAGAUGGCCAAAAAGGUUUUCCGGGUUCUCGAGGACGUCCUGGACCUCCAGGUCAUCCGGGCGCACUAGGCUCACAGGGAGAAAAGGGUGAUAAAGGAGAAUUAGGGUAUCCAGGUUUACCCGGUUCUCCAGGCCAGUCUGGACGUCCAGGUCCUGUCGGUCCUCAAGGACCUAAAGGAGAUCAAGGAUUUGAAGGCCCUCCAGGACUACCGGGAUUACCUGGUCUAUUGGGUCAAACUGGUGACAGAGGUUAUACGGGCCCUAAAGGUGACAAAGGGGAUGCUGGCUUAGCAGCUGAAAAGGGAUCAAAAGGAGAACCUGGUCCACCUGGUCUACUUGGUAUAGAUGGUCUACCUGGUAGAGAUGGAGAGAAAGGCGACACUGGUGAACCAGGAAUACCUGGUCAAGGAAUACCUGGGUAUCCUGGCCAAAAAGGAGAAAUGGGGAUGCGUGGGUUUGAUGGACUCUCGGGACCCAUUGGAGAAAAAGGAAAUCGUGGUCCUCAAGGAGUACCUGGUCUAAAGGGUAACUUGGGCAUCUCAGGCGAGCCAGGUCGACCUGGAGUACCUGGUAUCGAUGGAGCACCUGGCCAGCCUGGUGAUGUAGGCUUACCUGGUAUUACUGGAGAAAAAGGAGAUAAAGGUGAAUUAGGUUUCCCCGGACGAGAUGGAUUAGGCGGGUUGAAAGGCGAUCGUGGUCAACCUGGGGCAGAAGGUCCAAUAGGACCAAUAGGGUAUCGAGGUCCUAAAGGAGACACGGGACUGCCAGGCGUAUCCAUAGAUAUUAAAGGUGACAAAGGAGAAGUGGGUCCAAGCGGUAUUCCUGGUGAACCAGGUCAAAAGGGAGAUCGAGGUCUCCCAGGAUUACAAGGAUUACAAGGUGAAAAAGGUGAUCGUGGCUCACUAGGAGAAAAAGGAGACCAAGGUUUUACUGGGCGAAUGGGAGAAAAAGGUGACACUGGUCCUAUCGGUCCUACCGGCCUACCAGGCUUAACUAUAAAAGGAGAAAAAGGCUUACCAGGAACUCAUGGAAAACAUGGGAGGCCAGGAUUACCUGGUGCUCCAGGACAAAAAGGCGAUCAAGGUCUACCAGGACUUCCGGGACAAUUGGGUCGGCCUGGUAUACCUGGGCUCCCAGGUGAAAAAGGACAAAAGGGUGAUCAGGGUAAUGAAGGUUUGGCAGGGCCACCAGGUCUUGUAGGUCCAACUGGACUACCUGGAACUCCUGGUAUUACUGGGGAAAAAGGAGAUCGAGGAGAGAAGGGGGCCACUGGGUUUGGUGCACCAGGGCAAAAAGGUGAUCAAGGUCCCUCAGGUAUACCAGGAUUACCUGGUGAGAAAGGUGAUAAAGGAGACCGUGGAUUAGAUGGAUUACCUGGUCGAACCGGACCGAUUGGUCCGCCAGGUCAGAAAGGUGAUCGUGGCUAUCCAGGAAGACCAGGCUUACAAGGUGAACAAGGGAUGAAAGGUAAUAAAGGCCAAGCGGCAGAACUCGUGUACGGUGCAAAAGGAGAACCAGGACCGCGUGGUUUGCCAGGAAAUGAUGGUCUACCAGGCGUAAACGGCGUUCCUGGUCGUCCAGGUAAUAAUGGACCCCCUGGUGAAAAGGGGGAUAGAGGUUUUACUGGUGCUAGAGGUUUCCCGGGACCAAGAGGUCUCCCAGGUAUACAGGGAAUGGAAGGUGAAAGAGGAGAAAUUGGUAUGACAGGUCAAAGUGGACUUCCAGGAGCGCCUGGAGCACCAUGCGUUAGUCAAGACUUCUUAACCGGAAUUUUAUUGGUACGACACAGUCAAAGAGAAGUCGUCCCACAAUGUGAACCCAGUCACGUCAAAUUAUGGGAUGGAUAUUCUUUAUUGUACAUAGAUGGCAACGAAAAAGCCCAUAAUCAAGAUUUAGGAUAUGCUGGUUCUUGUGUGAGAAAGUUCAGUACAAUGCCAUUCCUAUUUUGUGACUUAAAUGAUGUCUGUAAUUACGCAAGUCGUAACGACCGUAGUUAUUGGUUAUCCACUGGUCAACCAAUACCAAUGAUGCCUGUUGAGGGACAAAAUAUUGCCAAAUAUAUUUCAAGAUGUGUGGUCUGUGAAGUACCGGCUAAUGUGAUUGCAGUACACAGUCAAACAUUAGAUAUUCCGAGUUGCCCAGUUGGUUGGAAUGAAUUAUGGAUUGGUUACAGUUUUGUUAUGCACACUGGUGCAGGAGGUCAAGGUGGAGGACAGGCUUUAGCAAGUCCUGGAUCGUGCUUAGAAGAUUUCCGUUCGAUUCCAUUUAUAGAGUGUAAUGGAGAAGGUGGAACUUGUCAUCAUUUUGCAAAUAAACUUAGUUUCUGGCUAACUACUGUCGAAGAUAGUCAACAGUUUAAUGUACCGGAGCGCCAAACUCUAAAAUCUGGUCAACUUCUUGAACGAGUCUCUCGAUGUGCGGUUUGCAUUAAGAAUACGACAUAGUCUCAUAAAUUUUUAUAAUUUGCGGCUACUGUAUUUUUCUGUAUAGGAUAUUGCUGUUUCUUCCUGAUAAGAGAAAAAAUACCAUCCUUAUUCAAAUAUUGUUAUGGGAAACAAUUAAAAUACGGUAGUCAAUUUUUAAUUACAAAUUUUGAUUUUGUCGAAAAUAAUAUAGUUUCAGAAUUAUGAUUAGUGAGGCCAAAGCAUUAAACAUAAGAAUUAAACUAAUUUUAACAUUAUAUAAUAGCUUCAUAAAUUAUAUGAUAUUUCAAAUUUUAGACAAAGAAAUGUGUAAUACCUAAAUAAUUCGUAAAAAAUACCUUAGUAAUUCUUAAAAAUCUGAAACACUAAAGCUUAUGACCAUAAAGAUAUCAUUUUCAAUAGAAAAAGUGGAUACAUUGAAAAGAUUUGGUUGAAUUUGUAUAUAUAUUUUUAUUUGUAAUCGUUUGUCUUUGUUUGCAUUAUCUACUAAAUGAAAAAUAAAUAUAAUUAUGUUGAUUAUUUACAUUUUAUCUGUUUACAAUUUUAUGAACGAAACACGCUUUCCCGUGUAAAAGCAACAGGAUACUAAUUCUAACCUGUAAAAACGACGUGGUAACAAUAAAUUUGAUCUAAUAUACCGUUAGUUAUUUAAGCACUGCCACUGUAGAUAGAGUCAUCUUAAGGACGAAUAUUAAUAAAGUUUAAUUAAUAAGUGA